GUUAUAUAUACACUUUAUUCUGUCGUGUGUAAGUGAAAUAAACUGACGGAAAAACAGCGUUACCCUUAACCGGUACCACCAUGACAACACCUGAGCUGUGCGUCAGCAGGUUCUUCCAAGAAGACUCAUCAUUACCAACCAAAAGCUCCAAUAGAACACCAUCAACCAAUCUAGAUUCCUCCCAAGAGUCCCAAGACUCCAGCCAGUGCCUCGACGAGCUACUCAAUCUCUCCCAGCUCACAAUACAAGAACAAGAACCAAUCAAAAUAGACCCCUUCUAUAACAUAACACCAAGGGACAUGCCACUAUCACCGCACUAUGUCUUCGAAGAAGAAUUUUCUACUAACCCCUGGGCAAUGUUAAUAGCAACAAUAUUCCUAACGAAAACUUCAGGCAAAACCGCUAGGCCAUUCAUGCAAAAGUUCUUCGAAGAAUAUCCCACACCGUACCACGUUUUAAACGACGCUCCUAGGUCACUAGAACGCUUUUUUGAUACUCUAGGGUUAAGGAAAAGGGGACAUAUGAUCUGGAAGUUGACUUAUCAGUUCAUCGCUUCAAAAUGGCGGCGAGCUAGCGAUUUACACGGUAUAGGGAAGUAUGGCGAGGACGCGUAUAGGAUAUUUUGCUUGGGACACACAGAUGUAGACCCUGGGGACAGGUAUUUGAAGCUGUAUGUAGAUUGGUUGCGUAGAACGGAAUUUUUAAGUGAUAACGGAGUGGCUGAUUGUGAGUGUGUUAUCGAGGACCCAGUGUUGAAAUAUUAUAGCAUUACAUUGAGGAAUGUUGACUAAAAGUAUAAACUACUAGAUUUUUCCCGCAGCUUCGCCCGCGUAGUAAACUAUUUUCCCAUACAAACUUUGGACCCCCAUUUCACCCCCUUAGGAGAUGAAUUUUGAAAAAUCCUUUCUUAGUGCU